AUGGUCCGCAAAUUUGACAAGAAAAACGCAACAACCUAUAGUGUGGUGCACAGGGCCCACGAUGAUGCUCGUUACUUUGAAGAGGACGCAUCGAAUGUGUUGGUGCCGACUGCUCAGACUCUGCGUUCCACCAAGAAAAAGGUCUUUACCAAACAUGAUCUCGAGAAUAAACUAAAAGACAAGCUAAGGGCCAAUGAAGGUAUGGCUGCUCAGUAUGGGAUAACUUUCGAUGACUCCAACUACGACUACAUGCAGCAUUUAAAACCUAUUGGCAAAUCUGAAGAUGGUGUUUUCAUUCAGGCCAAGGGAGGGCCGAAAGUGAAACAGAUGAGUUUAGAAGAGGCGCUUCGAGAGCAGCUCCCUUCAGAUGAAAAGAGGAAAGUGGCGCGGGAUUUGAAUCAAAGUAUACCCGAUGAAUUGAAAGGUUUCCAGCCUGAUAUGGACCCCAGAUUGCGGGAGGUCCUUGAGGCAUUAGAUGAUGAAGCGUAUAUCGAGGAUGUGAAAGUAAGGGCUCGACCUGGCAACCACAACGACGACGACGAGGAAGGGGAGGAAUACGAUGACGAUGUGUUUGCAGAUUUGUUGAAAUCGGGAGAAGUUGAAGAUGAGGAUGAAUUUUACGGGGAUGGAGAGGAAUAUGACGAGUGGGACCUUGACAACUAUGGCGAUGAGUAUGGUGUAAACUACGAGCAGCCGCAGGAAUUGGAGGGUAACGACAAUGUCAAUGCAAACUGGCAGCAAGAAUUUGCGCAGUUUAAGAAGGAAACUAAGAAUCGGGAAAACGAAUGGGACUCUGACGACGAUUUUGAUAAUGAAGAAGAAGAAGAAGAAGAAGAAACAGAAGAAACAGGGGAUACGCUAGGGGAACUACCGAAUGUCAAAGGGUCCUCCAAAUCAAAGACUAAAUUGCGCAAGAAAAAAGGAGCAAUGACCGACACGAGCUCGUUUUCCAUGUCCUCGUCUGCGCUAUACAGAACAGAGGGAUUAUCGCUUCUUGACGACAGGUAUGAGCAGCUACAUAAGAAGUACACCAAUAAUGAUGAGGCAAAGGCUAACGCGAGCGCGAGUCAUAAAACUUUCAACAUGAAGGAAGAGAGAAACGACUUUGAAGGCAUGUUGGAUGACUUUUUAGAUAACUACGAAUUGGAAAGCGGAGGCCGAAAAUUGGCCAAAAAGGACCAAGAAAAGGCCAAGUUGCAAGCAGCUGCAAAUUCGGUAUCCAGAGGUAAACGGGCGCAAAAGAUGAACAGCGCAUUUGAGAGAUUGCAAAUAGAGUAA